AUGGAACGGUGGUUUAUAACGGGCUCCGUAAGACCUGAAAAGAGUUAGCCGACAACUAUUGCUCAGCCGAAGAAAGAUAACAAUAAUUGUAGUAAAAAUAAUUCCUUAGAAUUACAUUCGGAACAUGUUGUACAUAGUUCUAUUUUAGAAUCUACGAUACCCGAUGUAGAUAUUCGGAAAGGAAGCAAAAAACGAAAAUAUUGCGAGUCAUAUUUAGAUAUGGGAUACACUGAAUUUGCUGAUGGACGUCCUCAGUGUGUGACAUGUAACAAAGUUAGCCACCCGAGGUUCUUAUUGAUAUGGUUUCGGAUAGCUGCUAUCAGACAUUAUUUAAAAGCAAACCAAUAUCUGAACUUUGGGCUCAAUUAGGGGAAGAUCGUUCAAUAUUAAGUUCAAAAGCUAAACUGCUUUUACUGCAUUUUGGUACUACGUAUCUUUGUGAAACGGCUUUUUCGAGGUACACAGCUACAAAAACAAAAUAUCGAUCACGUUUGGAUGCGGAAAACGAUAUGCGUCUUCAGUUGACUUCUGUGACACCGGACAUCGACAAACUCGGUAGUAAAAAGCAGGCCCAAUGCUCACAUUAA